GUCCCCUCUCUAUGCAUCAAACACUUGUAGCUAGUAGCAGCAAUAUAGCCCACCUCAUCCAAAAACCACUAAAAUGGUGCCACAAUUUCUGUUCUCAGCUUCUUUUAUUCUAUUCUUCCUUCUUCAUAGCUCUCCAACCCUAGCUCAGUCACCAGCUGCAGCCCCAGCACCACCUGGUCCAACCAAUGUCACCAAAGUCCUAGAAAAAGGUGGUCAGUUUAGCGUUUUUAUCAGGCUUUUGAAAGCCACUCAAGAGGAUGUCACAUUGAAUGGCCAGCUCAACAACACAAACAAUGCUAUAACCAUCUUUGCACCUAGCGAUAACGCAUUUUCAAGUCUCAAAUCAGGCACCCUCAACUCCCUAAGCGAUCAAGAAAAGGCUGAGCUAGUACAGUUUCACAUUAUACCACAAUUUCUAUCAAGUUCCCAGUUCCAGACUGUGAGCAACCCUCUGACCACACAGGCAGGAUCAGGUGGCAGGUUAGAGCUUAAUGUAACCACCACAGGAAACUCUGUGAAUAUAACCACAGGGCUUACAAAUACAAGCGUAUCCGGCACUAUCUACACUGAUAACCAGUUAGCUGUUUAUCAGGUUGACAAGGUGCUUCUUCCUCUUGAUAUUUUUACACCUAAACCUCCUACUCCAGCACCAGCACCUGAAAAGCCAAAGAAGAGAUCUAAAGCUGCAGCGAGUCCAGAAUCUCCUGCGGAUACUUCUGAGGCAGUAAGCUUUACUGUUCUGAACAAUGUUGUGUUCUUUGGAGUUUGCAUGGUUGCAGCAAUAUAUUCUUUGUGACACAGAAGGUUUUGAUGAGGUUAUUGCAUGGAUUGCUCUCGUUUUUUAAGUGGGCUAUGAUUUUGUAGAGUCGGAUCGAAUCCAAUGAUUUGUGUGAAUAAUUGUUGUUAUGGUCUCAUUGUACCAUUCAAGUUUAUGCUUAAGAUUGAAUUUUGAGGGUUUUCUUUUUUUUUUCUUUUUUCUUUUUUUUUUUGGGGGGGGGGCCGGUUUGCAGCUUUCAUGUAUGUUGGAAUUUUGUAACAUUUUUGAAAUUCAAGGUUAUGUAUCAAUUGUACUUUCUCUGA